AUGGCCAACAUUUCGGUGCGUGUCCAUCCCGUCGUGGUCUUCAACAUCGUCGACAUCUACGAGCGCCGCAACUCUGACGCCAACCGAGUCAUCGGCACGCUGCUUGGCUCAGUUGACAAAUCGGGCAACGUUGAAGUGACAAACUCCUUUGUUGUGAAGCACCGAGAAGCCAACAACGAAGUGGCCGUUGACAUUGAGGUGGCCAAGGAACUCUACGAUCUGCACCGGAAAGUCUUUUCAAAUGAAACCAUCGUCGGCUGGUUCGCCACUGGCGGCGGCGAGGUGAACGAGUACUCCGUCGUCAUCCACGAUUACUACUCUCGCGAAUGCCAAAACCCAAUUCAUCUGACAGUGGACCCCAGCACUGAUGGCGUCAAUGUGAAGGCCUUCAUCUCAACGGUCUUUGGCAUUCCCGGCCGAAACAUGGGCACGAUGUUCACUCCCAUCGAUGACAUCAUCAUCUCUUACUGUUCGGAGCCCGAAAUGAUCGGCGUUCGGGCGUGCAUGUACGCAGCAGGCUUGCCCAGUGUUACCACUGAUGGAAAGCCAAAGUACAUUGAGAAUGAGCUGGAGCAGAUCAUUCAAAUGUCCGUCAAGUGCCAGGAAAUUAUAGGGAAAAUCGUCAAGUUCAUCGACGAGAAGAUUCUUUCAGGCAAUUCAAAGGGCUCCAUUCCCUCCAACAGCAAUGACAUUGGACGCCAGCUUAUGGCCAUGAUUGAAAACAUUAUUCCUUUCGGCGGCGAUGAUGAUGAUGCAUUCAACUCAAAUCUCAAAGACUUUCUCAUGGUGGUCUAUUUAUCCAACUUGAGCAAAACUGAAGUAAUGCUUAACGAAAAGCUUACCAUGCUGCUGAACUCGACGUAA